GCAACCUUGCUGAGUUCAUUCUUUUGUCAAAAAAAGACUCCCAGCCGUCAGAAGAAAACAAAUGAGAAAGAUCAAAACUUCAGCUCAUAUCCUUCUUCACUCUUUCAGCAAGGCUACUCGACGGGUGGCACUGAAACGUUACAAAACCCUGAAGCCAAGACGUAUAAAUUCUAUUCCUUGAUUCGCUCCUAAUCAGUCUCUGCUUUCAUUAUGGACGGAAAUUCUAAGGAAAAUAAACGUCCAGAGGACAUGAGUGACUGGAACAGAGACCAUGUGAGACAAUGGCUGCUCGAGAUAAAGAUAGAUAAAAAACAUGUAGACAAGUUGUACGAUGAGGGACUGAAUGGAGCUGGUCUUUUCCGCUUCAAGGAGGUUUAUCGUUUAAUGCGAGACCUAUCGUCAGAAGAACAAGAGUUGAUUUCUCAAAAAAUAGACCUUUCGAAAGAAGAGCUGAAUGACGUGAGUCAGGCUUGUUGCUUGAAGCCUUAUCCUUUCAGUAGAUACGAUGCUUCAUACAGGUACAUAGAAAACAGCAUUCUAGAUGUAACUGAAACUGGUCCUAAAGACCUCAUACAACCAUGCCAUGAGUUCAAAGCCUUCACCAAAACAAAAGAGUACGCAAUGCAGAAAUACACUUAUGAAGUCAUUCGAUUUGCAGCAGCUUGUAUGAACAGUCGCACGAACGGCACCAUUCAUUUCGGCGUGUCAGACAAACCGCACGGACUAAUUCUUGGUGUUGAAAUCUCGAAAAACGAUGACUUCAAUGAUCAGCAGAUACAUGCAAUUGAAAGAAAUUUCAAAUCAAAAAGAAAGUUCAAACAGAACAAAUAG